UAAGCUAAUCCUCAUGAAUGGCAAAGUAUUAGAUAUUUAGGGUUUCUUAUGCCAAAACCCUCAUUUUCACCGUCUUUGCCUGCAGCCGCGCCACAUUAGAUAGAGAGUUCGUCAACCAUGGCCGAGCAGACUGAAAAAGCGUUCCUUAAGCAGCCAAAAGUGUUCCUAAGCUCCAAGAAAUCUGGUAAAGGUAAAAGACCUGGUAAGGGAGGGAACAGGUAUUGGAAGAGUAUUGGUUUGGGCUUCAAGACUCCUCGUGAAGCCAUUGAAGGAACCUACAUCGACAAGAAAUGCCCGUUUACCGGCACUGUUUCCAUCAGGGGUCGCAUCUUAGCUGGUACUUGCCAUAGUGCUAAGAUGGUCAGAACAAUCAUUGUUCGACGGAAUUACCUUCAUUUCAUCAAGAAAUACCAAAGAUAUGAGAAGCGUCACUCAAACAUCCCGGCACACAUUUCUCCUUGCUUCCGUGUGAAGGAAGGGGACCAUGUCAUUAUCGGGCAAUGCAGGCCAUUGUCGAAGACCGUCAGAUUCAAUGUUUUGAAGGUAAUUCCCGCUGGAUCUUCCGGUGGUGGGAAGAAAGCCUUCACUGGAAUGUAAGGAGCAAAUGGUAUGUUGUCCGGGGGGACGGAUAAGACAUUGAGAAGUUCUCUACUGUUAGAUUCAUUUACUCUUUGUUUUUAUUUCACUUUUAUAUGGUUUUUGAAUAGGCUUGAAUUUUUCGUUACCUUGGCAUGAUUCUGUUUUGGAAGAAUAAAUCUUUCACUUUUAUAUUA